AUGGAGCCUAUUAUGGAUCCUACCCAAUCAUUUUUCGACGCAUUUGUCGAUGUGCCUGGCGAUCAAGACUCGCAAAAGCCCAAUUCGAGCCCCGUCAGUGUGCCUUCUAAUGAAGGCCGUAUCCUGGGCCUCGACGAAUGGAAAAUUCCCGAGAAAGGUUUCCCCAAUGACCUCUGGGAACUCGCUCGUGUUAAUGGAUAUCACUUCGAGGGAGAGGACAACACGUCCGGCUCGACUUUCGAAGAUGCCUUUGUCCCACUCGGUGAGGACCCUGUCCUUGGCCCAGCGACUCUGGAUCACCUGGAGCUUCGCGGUGGCUUGUGUAAUCCCAUCGUCGUUGAUGAUGAUGUGCCCAAACUGAGCACUUCCGCCAAACUGAGCACUUCCACCAAGCAGCCUAGCACAGUCUAUCCGCUGGAUACCCUCUUGUCUCUCGAAAACGCCGACCUGGGUCCUCCCCUUGCAUUCGUCCGACCUGCUCGCGCCACUGAUGCUCCAGUCACUCAACAUACUCAAGCCAUCAUUGAUCCGGCUGUUAAAGUUGCUCCUGUCACCGCUGCUCCUGUCACCGCUGCUCCUGUCACCGCUGCUCCUGUCACCGCUGCUCCUGUCACCGCUGCUCCUGUCACUGCUGCUCCCGUUACUGCUGCUCCUAUCACUGCUGCCCAUGUCGCUCGAGUCGCUGCAGUCACUCAAUUCGCUGCUAAAUUCACCCAGCGCGCUUCGGUCAUCAGUGAUCCCGCUGUUCAAGUCACUCCUGCCACUGAUGCCCCGGUUAUCCAAGCGACCCAUUCAGUCAGCGACAUCGCCAAUAUUGCUCCAGCUCCUCCUGCCACCCCCAGCUCAGCAACUGAAACGGUCAAGGUCUUUGAUUGGUCACAAGGCAAAUCGGGCCCUCAUCCUAAGCAGUCACCCAAUAAGGCAGCCAAGCGGGUCCCUAAGAGGAAGCAAGAUGACGAGCUACACAAGAAACAGAAGAAGACAAAAGUGCAAAGCACCCCACGCAAGGCGAAGGGAAAAACAUUCUUAGCCUCAGUCACGCCAUCUCAGCAGAUUGCGCCUGCCCCGAUGACACCAAUGACUCAGUUCUCUGCCCCGAUGACCCCUGUCCCUACCUUGAUGACGCCAGUGGCAGCAGCCCAUCCCAGUCAACAGAACCAGCUUGAAAUCCAAGAGCGUCUUCAAAAUGAAGAGAAAUAUCUUCGUGUUGAAUGGGAUCAACUUCAGCAACAGCAAGCUCACCUCGAACGUCAGCUGCCCGGGGAUCAACAGCAGCUCCUGAUCUACCAACAGCAGCGUCGGCUCCACCAACAGCAGUUUCAGCUGUGUCUGGACAAGGUCAUGAAGCACAAAGUGCAAGUCCGUGAAUACCGGUCUCAGCGACAGCAUCAAAUGCAGCAGACCCAGCCAUUCCCAACCGCAGCGGGUCAACAGGUUCAGCAGGCCACCCCCCAAAUGCAAGGAAUUUAUCAUACCCCUCCCAAUACCAAUGAGCGCAUGCAGUCUGCGAUGCAGCAGACCCAGCAAUACCAAGCUACAGCAACUCAGCAGGUUCAGCCCACCCAUCAAAUGCAGGGAGUUUAUCCCACCCCUCCCAAUGAGCGCAUGCGAUCUUUGAUGCAACAGACCCAACAACGCCAAGCUACAGUGGCCCAGCAGGUCCAGCAGCCCGCCUACCAAAUGCAAGCAGUCCAUCACACCCCUUCCAAGGAGCGCAUGGCGUCUGUGAUCCGACUAUCCCAGAAACUUCAAGAUUCAGUGGCUCAGCAGCAGCAGCCCACCUUGUACCAAACUCCUUCUAAGGCGCGCGUGCAGUCUGCGAUGCGGCAAACCCAGCAACUCCAUGCCUCAGCGGCCCAGCAGGUUCGGCGGCCCACCCAACAAAUGCAGGGACCUUAUUACACCCCUACCCAGGAGCACAUGCAGUCUGUUUCUUCCCUUUCUGCCGCUUCGCCUAAGAAGAGAACAUUCGAGUUUGCGGAGAACAUCGUGCCUACCAACUUUGUGGCCAACCCAAACAACCAUGCCCGAUGGACUGUUAGCCCCAAUGGCGACCGUACCUACCUGAAUGGACCCCAGGCGAAGAAGGCACGAGUUUCUACUGAGUAG